ACAAGCUGGGUUCCAAAAUAUCUACAUCAAGCCAUAUACACGUAUAGGACCAUAUCUAGUUGGUUUUGUAGUGGGAUACAUUCUUUACAGGACCAAUAAAAAAGUCAAAUUGCACUGGGCUGUUGCUUUACUAGGAUGGGUGAUAGCUGCUACCCUAUCACUGUUAACUCAAUAUGGACUCUGGGGUAUAUUCAAUGGACACCCCCUCUCUGAUAAUGUAAUGACCCUCUAUGAUGCUACCUGCCGUACUGUUUGGUGUAUAGGACUUGGCUGGGUGGUCUUUGCCUGUUGUACAGGCUAUGGAGGGUUUGUGAACACGAUCCUCUCCUGGCCUGGGUUGAUUCCCUUGAGUCGUCUGACGUACUGCUGUUACCUCGUCCACCCCAUAGUGAUGUUAAUUAUCUUUUACAGUAGGGACACAAUGCUUAUUAUGUCAGACAUUGGCCUUGUUCAGUCUUUCUUUGGUAUCUUCAUGAGCACAUAUGGUGUGGCCUUCAUUGCAUCAAUGUGCCUUGAAGCACCAUUUAUGCGACUUGAGAAAGUUAUAUUUAAACGAUAGUGCAAUAAUAGUCCCUACCAGUGUUAAAAUCAAAAUCUUUUUACGGACACUUUUGUGCGGUGUGUCAGUUUUAUACUUACUGUAGUCAAUUUUAUACUUACAGUUGUAUUGAUAUUAAUGAACUAAAUUCUGAAAUAGUGAAUCAUCCAUGAUUAUUAGUCUUGGAAUGAAUGAUUAUACACAUUUAGAAUUGUGUAGAGCAUACAUCCGUCCAUUUUUAAAAUAUAUCUUUUUAAAUAUAGGCUAAAUCAUAAAUAAAGGAAAUGAGUCAGUUGAGUCAUUAAUGUAAAUCAGAUGAUUCUUACAGAAGAUAGAACUUUUAUCUUUUAGUUCUAUGAUCUUUAUAUAGGUGGCCUCAUACUUUUCUCCACCUGGUACAUAGGCGUAGCCAGGGGUGCAAUGAGAUAGAUGAAGAAAGGAGCUUUAAAAUGCUUUUUAUUUGAAACUUCUAGCUCAAUUUGGAA